AUGACCAACGUGCCCAAAAACUUCCUGAAUGGCUUGACCCUCGACCAGUUCAUGGGAUGGGCCCCCUAUCCCGACAUUCCCGAAUCCGGCUCCGACUACGACUCCGAGCACGAAGACUCUGUCCCGACCGUCACCGAAGACGGCGAGAUCAUCCGCGGGUUCCUCCAGAUAUCCUCCUCCGUGGAUCUCCCCUAUCCCCUCCCCGACGAACACCUCCACGUCUACCUCGACCGCCUGGGCAAGGCGGACCCGAAACUCCGCGAUAUCAUCUACGGCCCCGACGGGACGCCGCGCUCCUUUCUGGUGCGCGAAGGCCGCCUCGUGUCCUUCAAAGGCAAUUACUCCGCCUGGUACCGCGAAUUCCAACGUCGCCGUGCACGUGAGCUCGAACGCCAGAGUGAGCUUGACUGUGAACUCGAAGGUGAGCGUCAGCAAAUCAAACGUGAGCGUGAGCGUGAGCGUCAACUCGAACGUGAGCGCCGGCAACUCGAACGUGAGCGUGAGCGUGAACACAGACGUCAAAUGCGCCUACCGUCAUAUGGCGCAUCGCCCCACCUGUUGGGUCGCAGCCGCCGUCAGGCCCGCGGCCUGGCCCCGGCCAAGAUGGCCAUCCCUCCGUCCGGCGGCGACGACGACGAUGAUGAAUGGGAGGACGUGCCGCACAUCUGCAGUACCCGGGCCCCAAGGGAAGAGAGACCGAUCCUCCCUGAGGAGUACUACGACCUCCUGCAGCGCCGGACGCCCAUGAAGCUUCGCCUACCCCUCCCCGACGAAGACCCCAGCGGCUACAUCACCAUGGCCCUCCGAACUGAUAUCAACCUUCGGGAAACGAUCUGCAGAGAGGACGGGACGCUCCGCUCCUGGUCUGAAGCCCGCGACGUCCCCGCCACAUGCACCUACCCAUUCCACGUCCACACUCCUAGCUCCGAGAGGACCGGUUCUCCCGAGCCCGGCGACCAGCACGGCCCCGCUGUACAGGACGACCGCCGCGAUCCGUCUCCCAGCCCCGAGAGGGCCUGUUCCCUCGAAGCCGGCGACCAGUGCGGCUCCGAUGGACAGGAAAAACCUCCUCGCCCCGAAAAAGCCCCAUCCUCCGAACCCACCGAUGACCAGUGCAUCCCCGUCAUAACGGAGAACGUUUCCCUACCCGCCGGCAUGUCCCAUCCCGACACCUGGAAAUCCUACCUUGACGCCAUUAUCGAGUUCCAGCUGAGGCGGGACGGCGUGACCCCAGAAAGCUACGAAGCCAGGUUUGAAGCCCUCCAGAAGCAGUUCCGCAAAAAAUGGCUCGCUGCGUCCAGGAUCAGGGCCGACAAACUCAUCCAAGAGAACGCCGCCAUCCGCAGAGCUGAAGCCCGCAACGACAAGCUCAAAUUCUUCGUCUCAGAGCCACACAUACCCCGUCCCGCACGCCACACGGCGUUCCCCUACUUCCACAAACCCACAGCCGAGCACUUCCACCGCCGGCCCGCUCCGCCCUCGUCGCACAGCGAAACCACAAACCACCAAGGCAGCACCCCCCUCCGUCGCUCCCACCUGGACCGCUUCCCCUCCCCAUCCCUCUACGCAACCACCUCUCUGACCGACCUCACCGUCCUCGGUCCCGCCAACUUCACCCACGUCCGCUGCCCCUUCUCCUCCUGCCACGCCCUACACACCGACUCCCUCGUGCUCUCCGUCGCCGGCCUCGCCCUCGGCAUCCCCUCCGCCCCGACCGUCAACUACACCUCCGCCGGCGCCAUCCACCUCGGCCCCUCCAACCCCCACAACCUCUCCUUCUCCAUCCCCCACGACCACGACCCCUACCACGCCCCCGAACAGGCCCAGCUCCGCGCCGCCAUGGCCGCCAUCCGCCUCGCCGCCCGCUACUGCCGCGACGGCGGCCACCUCGGCAAGGGCUCCUCCCAGCGCGUCCACCACGUCGUGAUCAAGACGGACUCGGCCUACAUCGUCGAGGCCCUGCUGGGCAGCGCCGACGGCGCGCGGGGAGGACCCAUGCACUGGCUGUGGCACUACGCCGGCGUGCAGGUCGACUUCUGGCUCGUCGGCCCCUCGGAGAACCAGGCGGCCAUCCGGCUGGCGGCGAAACACCUGAAGCCGUCGUGGACCGACGGCGACGACGACGACGACGGCGACGAGUUCGAGAACAAGUACGAGGCGCUGCGCCGGUACACCCACCACUGGUAUAUCCCGUUGAAAACGUGGCACAGGGUCCUCAUGGGAACGAUCGAACACGAAUCGGCGUGGCGGAAAGAAAUCGUCCAGGAAUUAACAGCAGAGAAGGAAUGA